ACUCCAGAGGAUCCCCCUCCGCUGAGCACCGGAGGGAGGAAGAAAACCCUGCUCCGUCUUUGCAACUAGGAGGGUGUGGCACCCCCAACAGCAGCUCUGUAGAGUGUCAGCCCCACCAGAUGCCAGCAAACGUGGAGAUCAAGGCCCGGGUGCAGGAUCUGGCCCAGCUGAUCAGCAGGGUGGAGCAGCUGAGUGGAUCCCACGGCUGUGUCCUGCUUCAGACAGACACUUUCUUUCCUGUCCCCCAUGGACGGCUGAAGGUUCGCGACCUCAGAGAUGGCCGAGGACAGCUGGUGUUUUAUGACCGGCCGAACACAAGAGCCCCCAAGCUCUCUUGCUUUACCAUCUCUCCCACAGAUGACCCCAGAGGACUUGUGGCAGUGCUGUCCCAGGCGCUUGGCGAGCAAGGAGUGGUGAAGAAAGAGCGCCAUCUUUACAUGGUGGGCCAGACCCGGGUCCAUGUGGAUCACGUGGAAGGACUGGGUGACUUUGUGGAGCUGGAGGUGAUGUUACAGGAACAUCAGAGUCUCCGGGAGGGUGAGGAAGUGGCCCAGCAACUGAUGUGCAAGUUGGGCAUAGAGGAGACAGAUCUGAUCAGUGGGGCUUACCUGGAUCUUCUGCUGGCAGGAGGGGAAUCCCAUCUGUGA